AUGCUGGUUGCGGACUUUACGACCUUCGUGCUCCGGAAUCACAACAUUUUUGCAACUUUCGUGACGGCGAUCUUUUUUGAAGAUUCUGCCCGAGUCGCAGCUGAUUUGCGCAAAGCUGUAUCUACCCUGAACAGCCACUCGAAGGUGACCAUCGUCGAGGGGAAUUCCUAUGAGCAUUUCAUGAAGGGCUCAGACCGCUUCCCGCAAAACACAAAGAUGCUGAUCCUGUUGGACCCACCGUACGACUCUUCCAGCUCCUACUUUUCCUGGAACCUUUUCGUGCUGCAAAAGCUUUGUAGACACGGCGCAACGCUGGCGCUGUGGUUUCCGUGCUUUGGGGACACGGAGACCGAGACAUUUGUGGAAAGGGUUAAGGAGCUCCAGCUUGGAAAGGUGCUCGUUGUGAAGCUGAUGCUCAAGCGACUGCCGCAGCAGCUGCCUGGUUCUGGCAUGAUAGUAGUUAACCCACCUGCGAUGCUGGAGGCGGACCUGCAGCAGACGUUGCCUGCAUUGGAACGACUGGGUUUGCCGGGAUCUCCAGCUAUUGCUUCCAUAUUCACGUUGUGA